AAAUACUAUGCUUGAGCCGAAAAAACAAUCAACAGGUUCUGACUUGCAAACUGAAUGUACGCGCACGUGUUGAACGCGACAAUUGUUUUCUCCCCAAAAUCAUUAUAAUAAAUAGACGGCGUGUUUCCUUUAACCACUGUUUCAGAAUCAGUUUAAUCUUGCUUUUGUUGCUGCGCAAUCCCUCCCUCAUUUCAUCACGGCGUUCUGUGCUUCGAUGGAAGGUUUGGCUUCUCUCAAGGUUCCCUUUCAGCCACCCUCAUCAUUCUCUUCCAGACCAAGAACUUGGAUUUCACCUACCCAAGUCAAUUUUUGUAAAAGAACCUCACUUUUCACUUUUUCUAUUCGAGCCCAGAUGGAGUCAAUUGAUGGUUCAGCUGCAGUAGCCACAUCUGGUGAAUCUGUGACUGAGGCUCUCAAAAUUAAGGAGUGGGAAGUGGGAAUGUUUCAAGAUGAAGUUGCUGCUAGCCAGGGUAUCAGAAUAAGGAGAAGGCCACCAACUGGACCCCCUUCGCAUUAUGUAGGACCCUUUCAGUUCAGAUUGCAGAAUGAGGGCAAUACACCCCGGAAUAUUUUGGAAGAGAUUGUGUGGAACAAGGACACUGAAGUCUCACAUCUUAAAGAAAGAAGACCCCUCAGUGAACUGAAGAAAGCCCUUGCAAACGCACCUCCUGCUAGGGAUUUUCUUGGUGCUCUAAGGGCUGCCAACGAACGAACUGGACUGCCAGGGCUGAUAGCUGAAGUGAAGAAGGCUUCACCAAGUAGAGGUAUCUUGAGAGAAGAUUUUGAUCCAGUUGAAAUUGCUCAAGCUUACGAGAAAGGUGGAGCAGCAUGUCUAAGUGUUUUAACAGAUCAAAAGUAUUUUAAGGGAAGCUUUGAAAAUCUUGAGGCAAUAAGAAACGCUGGCGUAAAGUGCCCUUUGUUGUGCAAAGAAUUCAUCAUAGAUGCAUGGCAGCUCUAUUAUGCUCGAACUAAGGGUGCAGAUGCAGUCCUUCUAAUUGCUGCUGUUUUGCCUGAUCUUGACAUCAAAUACAUGAUUAAGAUAUGCAAAUUACUUGGACUGACUGCACUUGUUGAGGUGCAUGAUGAGAAGGAAUUUGAUCGUGUCCUUGGAAUAGAGGGGAUUGAGCUUAUUGGCAUUAACAACCGUAAUCUUGAAACAUUUGAGGUGGAUAUCGGCAUCACAAAGAAGCUUCUUGAAGGAGAGCGAGGCAAAAUAAUACGCGAGAAAAACAUAAUUAUGGUUGGGGAAUCUGGUCUGUUCACACCCGAACAUAUUGCCUAUGUGCAAGAAGCAGGUGUUAAAGCUGUAUUGGUUGGAGAGUCUAUUGUAAAACAAAGUGAUCCUGGAAACGGGAUUAGCAAUCUCUUUGGCAAAGAUAUCUCUUUGGGUUGAAGUGAGAUACCUUUCUUGAGAUAUAGGCAUUUGAGACAUAGAUUUGAUGAGGUUAUUGAUUUGAUUGAUGCCUUGUACUUUUGCUUGUACUAAAUUGUCAAAAUCUUAUCAAAAGCAAACAUGUGCCAAAAUAAAUUAUAAAUAAAUAUAAUAUAAUAUUCAACUUAAUUAUAAUUUU